AUGCUUUAUUCACUUCAACUAUUAGUAAACACCAAUCCAACAUCUUCAAUCAAUCAAAAUCAACCAUCCCCCCAACAUCAAGAUAAAAUUUAUCAACAUGAAACAAAAUCACCAUCUACACUAGAAAAAAUUAAUAAAAACAAGCCAAUUGAUCCUCAUACAACUGAAUGGGCAAAUGUCAAUUUAGCAAAGUUUAUGGGCCUAAUGACUGUUGCUAGUACUGUAGAAAAUGCCAUAUUUUAUCCAUUUUAUGUUUUAAAAACUCGUGAACAAAGUGAUCGACGAAAUCUGACAUUUUUAAAAUCAUUCAAUCAUCAUUUAAGAACAAGUUUAACAACGAAACAAAGUUUAUAUCGCGGAUUUUGGACAUCGAACUUUGUUAGUUUACCAUCCUAUGCCCUAUAUAUGGGUGUUUAUACUUGGACAAAAGAUACUCUACUAAAUUCAUCUCAAUCAAAUACUAAAUCGAUCUAUGCUCCAUUCCUUGCUGGUUUUUUGGCCGAUGCUGUUACUGUACUAUUUUAUGUACCCGGUGAUGUUGUUAUACAACGUUUACAAAUUGUUAAUAGUUCCUAUACCUCCGUUACGCAUGCAUGUAAAACGAUUUAUAAAGAAGAAGGUUAUAAAGGCUUUUUUAGAGGUUUGGGUGCAACAUUUACUACAAGUGCAAUAGCUAGUUCAAUAUGGUGGGUGGUGUACGAAAAUAUGAAACUACUUUUAUAUCGGCCAAACAUUGAACGCUAUUUAAUUUAUUCAGAUAACAAUGAUACGGGCCAAGUUCAUCGCUUACCUCAAUUAUGCGCUGGUUUCACCGCCGGAACGAUAACAAGUACAGUAAUAAAUCCGUUUGACGUUGUUAAAACGCGAUUACAAACUCAAGAUAUGUUACAUAAGACGUCAUCAAAGUUUAUCUAUAAAAAUGUAUUUCAUGGGCUCAGAAAAUUGUGGGUGGAAGAAGGAGUUCAUGGAUUGAGUCGAGGAUUACUACCGAAAUUAAUAAGCAGAGGACCAUUAAGUGCGAUGAGUGCACUCGCUUAUGAACUUGUACUCUAUUAUUCCAGAACUGAUUUUUAG